AUGGAUGUGAUGGAUCCAGCUCAGAUGCCGGUGACCUUUGAGGAGGUGGCUGUGUAUUUCACUGAGGGGCAGGGGGCUCUGCUGGACCCCAAUCAGAGAGCCCUCUACAGGGACGUCAUGCAGGAGAAUUAUGAGACGGUGACCUCGCUGGCAGGAUUUCCCGUUCCCAAACCUGACCUGGUCGCCCGGCUGGAAGCAGGGGAAGAGCCGUGGGUCCCGGAUUUCCAGGCCUCUGAGGAAAGGAAGCUUCCAAGAGGCACCCGCACAGGUGAGGAGUCAGUGACACUGACACAGAAGGUAUCCGCAGGUGACAAGACAAAGAGUGAGAACAAGGAGGGGAAUCCACAGCAGAAAUGUCCUGAGCAAGUGGAGCUGCAGAGGACAUUUUUGAGAAGAGCUGAAGAGAAUUUUUCCCAGUGCUUGGAACAGAGAAAAGCCUGGAGUAAUUGGCACAAGUCAGAAAGGAAGUUGGGAAACCACCAAAGGAAGAAAGUGGAUGAAUCAAUUGAAUGUGGGGGGGCAGGCAAGGAUCCCAAGGAAAUCACAGCCCAGCAGACAAAUCACAAGGAAAAUAAACCCUAUAAAUGCUUGGACUGUGGGAAAAGUUUCAGUCAGCGCUCCGGCCUUAUUAACCAUGGGAGAAUCCACACGGGAGAGAGACUGUAUAAAUGCUUGGACUGUGGGAAAAGCUUCAGUCAGUGCUCAGGCCUUAUUAACCAUAGGAGAAUCCACACAGGAGAGAGACCCUAUAAAUGCUUGGACUGUGGGAAAAGCUUCAGUCAGCACUCAGGCCUUAUUAACCAUGGUAAAAUCCACACUGGAGAGAGACCCUAUAAAUGCUUGGACUGUGGGAAAAGCUUCGAUCGGAGCUCAAAUCUUACUAUCCAUCAGAGAGUGCACACAGGAGAGAGACCAUAUAAAUGCCUUGAGUGUGGGAAAAGUUUUAGUCAGCUCUCAGGCCUUAUUAGCCAUGGGAGAAACCACACGGGAGAGAGACCAUAUAAAUGCCUUGAGUGUGGGAAAAGUUUUGGUGUACCAUCUUCCCUUAUUAUACACCAGAGAACCCACACAGGAGAGAAACCCUAUAAAUGCUCGGAGUGUGGGAAGAGCUUCAGUCAGCGCUCACGCCUUCUUAGCCAUGAGAUAAUCCACACAGGAGAGGGACCAUAUAAAUGCCUUGAAUGUGGAAAAAGUUUCAGUGCACCAUCAGUCCUUAUUAUACAUCAGAGGACCCACACGGGAGAGAAACCCUAUAAAUGCUUGGACUGUGGGAAAAGCUUCAGUCAGCGCUCAGUCCUUAUUACUCAUAGGAGAAUCCAUACGGGAGAGGGACCAUAUAAAUGUCUCGAGUGUGGGAAAAGUUUCAGUGUACCAUCAGCCCUUCUCAUACAUCAGAGAACCCACACGGGAGAGAAACCCUAUAAAUGCUUGGUCUGUGGGAAAAGCUUCAGUCGGAGCUCACAUCUCAUUAGCCAUGGGAGAAUGCACACAGGAGAGGGACCAUAUAAAUGCUUGGACUGUGGGAAAAGCUUCAGUCAGCGCUCAGUCCUUAUUAACCAUGGGAGAAUACACACAGGAGAUGGACCAUAUAAAUGCCUUGAGUGUGGGAAAAGUUUCAGUGUACCAUCAGCCCUUCUUAUACACCAGAGAACCCACACAGGAGAGAAACCCUAUAAAUGCUUGGAGUGUGGGAAGAGCUUCAGUCAGCGCUCAGGCCUUAUUAGUCAUGGGAGAAUCCACACAGAGGAGAGACCCUAUAAAUGCUUGGACUGUGGAAAAAGCUUCAAACGGAGCUCAAAUCUUAUUAUUCAUCGGAGAUUGCACACAGGAGAGAGACCCUAUAAAUGCUUAGACUGUGGGAAAAGCUUCAGUCAACGCUCAGGCCUUAUUAGCCAUGGGAGAAUCCAUACGGGGGAGAGACCCUAUAAAUGCUUGGACUGUGGGAAAAGCUUCAGUCAGCGCUCAGUCCUUAUUAACCAUUUGAGAACCCACACAGGAGAGAGACCCUAUAAAUGCUUGGACUGUGGGAAAAGCUUCAAUCGGAGCUCAAAUCUUACUAUCCAUCGGAGACUGCACACAGGAGAGAGACUGUAA